UGCGUCAGCUCCCCAGUCUCCCCCCCUCCGCACCAUCGCCGUUCUAUAGAGGAAGAAAGGGGGAGACGGGCAACCUCUACAGAACGCCGUAAGUGUAGUUCAUAUUUAUUAAAACACGCAUAUACAUAGCUUAAGUUUUGCCGGUGUGGCUUUCGUUAACGUUCGGCCUCGCCCCGGCUUUAGUUCACACAAUAAUGAGCGGCAGCGGGCGGCCCAGGACCAGCUCAUUCGCUGAGCCUCCCGGAGCUCCCGGAUCCGCUGCAGCCGGUGCCGGAUCAUCAGUAGCCGGUGGAAGCUCGACAGGAAAAACUGGGGCUUCACAAGCCAGUGGAAGCAGCUCGACGAGCUUUGGGAAUUUGAAACUUCCCAGAGACAGUGGCAAGGUGACAACGGUGGUAGCCACACCCGGCCAAGGUCCCGACCGCCCCCAGGAAGUGUCCUAUACAGACAUAAAGGUUAUAGGAAAUGGCUCCUUUGGGGUGGUCUACCAGGCUCGCCUCAUCGACAGCCAGGAGAUGGUGGCAAUUAAGAAAGUUCUCCAAGACAAGAGGUUUAAGAAUAGAGAGCUGCAAAUUAUGAGGAAAUUGGACCACUGCAACAUCGUGAGGCUACGCUACUUCUUCUACUCCAGUGGAGAGAAGAAAGAUGAGGUGUAUUUGAAUCUGGUGCUGGACUUCGUACCCGAGACGGUGUACAGGGUGGCUCGGCAUUUCAACAAGGCCAAGACCACCAUCCCCAUCAUCUAUGUUAAGGUGUACAUGUAUCAGCUGUUCCGCAGUCUGGCUUAUAUCCAUUCCCAGGGCGUGUGUCACAGAGACAUCAAGCCCCAAAACCUCCUGGUGGACCCAGAGACGGCCAUCCUCAAACUCUGUGACUUCGGCAGUGCGAAGCAGUUAGUUCGGGGGGAGCCAAAUGUGUCCUAUAUCUGCUCGCGGUACUAUCGCGCCCCGGAGCUCAUCUUUGGUGCCACCGACUACACAUCCAACAUCGACAUCUGGUCGGCCGGCUGCGUGCUGGCCGAGCUGCUGCUGGGCCAGCCCAUCUUCCCUGGGGACAGCGGAGUGGACCAGCUCGUAGAAAUCAUCAAGGUUCUGGGGACACCAACAAGGGAGCAGAUCAGAGAGAUGAACCCGAACUACACAGAGUUCAAAUUCCCUCAGAUCAAAGCGCACCCUUGGACAAAGGUGUUCAAGCCUCGCACCCCACCGGAGGCCAUCGCCCUCUGCUCUCGACUGCUGGAAUACACGCCGGUGACCAGGCUGUCUCCCCUGGAGGCGUGUGCGCACGCCUUCUUCGACGAGCUGCGUCAGCCCAACACUCGCCUGCCGAGCGGACGAGAUCUGCCGCUCCUUUUCAACUUCAGUCCCGUCGAGCUGUCUAUCCAGCCCCAGUUGAACUCCACACUCAUUCCUCCUCACGCUCGUGCACAGACAUCGCCUGCCUCACACGAUGGCAGUGUGUCAGACAGUACCGCCCAGCCCAGCUCAGCACCCGGAUCCCUCAACAACAGCACCUGAGCAUCCGGCCCUCUUCCUUUUCUUCUUUUUUUUCCUUCCCGGUUUUUCCUUUUCCCCCCUCUGCUCUUCUCCCCCUCAACCUCCCCUUUGGCUCCAAACUCUCAAAGUAGAAAAGAAAAGAUUGCUCACACCCACAUAAACACAUUGCUAUUUUCCCCCCAGAAUCUUAACCCUUUCCAACAGAAACUACUUUCUCUGGCUGCCAGCUUCAGAAGAUGUGGGGAUUGAUUUAUGGGUAUUUAGGUGUCCACACUUGAGGUCAGGGUAAGCCGGAAUCCACACUGGCCUGUUAGAAUGAUGAAGCUUUACAUUGGUUGGGAUGUUUGGGAGAUGAGGACGGGGUUGGUUCAUGCUAAAUGGAUGUUCUGUGUUGUGAUAUACAGUUGACUUUUAUCCCUUUUUUAUGUUUAUUUUAUUUGCAUUAGCGUGUUUUAUGUGUGGGUGCCGUGGCGAGGGCCGUAUGGGGCCCGACUAAUAUUGACAAUCAUCCUUAGUGGGGUCAAAAGUGGCACACUUGUAGUGUACGUGUUGGAUCGUACAUCACACUGAAUGUAGAGAAGUGACUUUGUCAUCGCUUUCUACCCCAAAACUCUACUCAAGUAGUGUCGGCUCACCCGGCCAAAAGGUGAAUUACUUUUAAUCUCUCAAUUUGAUACCAGACGGCAGAUAUUUGUUGACUCUGGCUCAUUUUAGAUCAGUUGGUUUUAGAUUGGAGCCGUGGACGUGGGGCUCCACUUCAGUACCGGUUUUUUAACGAUAUCUCUCGCGUCAUAAACACAGAGAAGUCACCUUAAUAAUUCUUUUUUUUUUAUUUUUUUUACUGUGUUCAGUUUCAGAUCGGCUCGAUUAUGUUCACGGUGCAGUUGUUGUCUGUGCAGGAGGACGACGACUCUGAAUGAAUUCCGUUUGGUUCGUGACCCUCUUCGCCCACUUCCCAGACACGCCUGCCUGUUGACGCGCGUAUCAUGUUCUUCUUGGCCCGUGGGGGGGGGCGGUCGCGGGAAUGAUUUUGAUCGGCCUGACGGCACCACCAGUUGUCUGUCUUCCGCCACGCAAAUGUGCAUGCUCAGCCCACGAUGCCCAGACUACAUUUCCUCCACUAAUCUUAGUAAUAAUCAGACCAGCAAUGAUGCUCGAAUCCCUGGAAGCCAACAGCUUUUGGAGCCUCCUUGUCCACUCCCUUUUUGUCCUCCUGCUUCCCUCUUUCCUCCUCCUUUUUUCACUGCUAAACUGUAAAUAUCAAGUACCUUUUAUUUUGUUAUUAUUGUUAUUAUAUUGUACUUGUAAUUUUAGUUUUUCUUCUGUAGUAGCCCGGCGCAGCAGUUGCCGGACUGUUUAUCCUCAGUCGCAGUCUGUAAAUACAAUUUAAUUUCAGUCCCUGGUUCAGGAGGGGAAAAACAGAACAAAGUUUCAUUUUUAUUCUCUCCCUCAAUUUCUCUCUUCACAACUUUCUGUUUACCCCAUAAAUGUUGACUUAACUGUUUUAUUUAUUGUGUUGGCUUUUUUAGGGUGGGAGGGGGUCAUUUAUUUUCCACUGAGGUGGCACAAAAAAAAAAAUCUUUUUUUUUUUUUUUAAUUCUAAAUAUGUGUCCAGCAAUGUCGCACGCAAAACAAUUUCACACCCAAGAUACUGUACGGAGUCGUCGCCGGGUCCUCCGAUCAGUGCUCUUGUUUCUCUACAGGUGCACAUGCGAGCCAACUGGUGGAACUCCACUUUUCCAUUUAACUUCAACGCGAAGAGAACGUUACAAGCCUCCGGAUCUAUGGGGGUCGUAAUGUUGGGAGCGAGCAAGCAAGCGAGUGUGUGUGUGUGCGCCCGUGCGUGUGCGCGCACACUCUCAGGUGGGAGAGUGUGUCUGCAGGAAAGGGGAAAUAAUGAACUUGCCUACCGACAUGCAUCAUCUCCUGUGUCCGACCGUCUCCUGUUUCCACGGACUGUGUGGUGCGGGUGUGACAGGUCGGUCCUGUUUGUACGGUGCGUAAGCGUCAGAUACUUGAGGAGUUGCUGGAGCACAGCUGCAGGGAAUGUAUGCGUUUGUAUGAGUGCUGGCAGAACGCGGACAUUAUUCUCAGUACUCGUCACUUUUUCCUAAAUGAAGAGCUGACUAAAUGUUCUAUUUUAAUGUAAUUUCUUUUUCUUCUUCCGAUACGUCACGCCUCGUUUUAAAUUUGCUGUGACCCUGCUCUUUUAUCACCAUUGUCUGAGGGUAGAAUGUGUUUGUUGGGAACAGAACGGUUGGAUAAAGGAGAUGUUAAAGAGAGGGAUAGAGGGAGAGAAAGUUUUUGUUUGGUAUAAAUAAUUAAACUCAUUAAUAAAGUGAUGAAACUGU